CUCAGCAGCAGAACUGUUCUUCUCUCCCACUAUGGCCACAACAUAUUCCAGAAAUGAGCGCCCAGAUACAAUAAUGAGGAGAUCAGGAUUGUGAUGGUGGGGAAGACCGGAGCUGGAAAGAGCUCAACAGGAAACACCAUUCUGGGAAAACAGAUACUUUAAAUCAGAGUUUUCUUUUGACUCUUUGACUAAACACUGUGCUAAGGCCAUCGGUGAAGUGGAUGGGCAAAUGGUUGCUGUAAUUGACACUCCGGGUCUGUUUGACACCAGCAUUGAUGAAACUGAAACAAUUAAAAAUAUUGUCCAGAGCAUUUCUUAUGCUUCUCCUGGACCUCACAUCUUCCUGGUUGUUAUCAAACUGGGCAGAUUCACAGAGGAGGAAAAGAAGACGGUGCAGAAGAUUCAGCAAAUCUUCGGUGAAGAAGCAGACAACUACAGCAUGGUUCUCUUUACCCAUGGUGAUCUGCUCAAAGGGAAACCUAUUGAGGAGUUAUUGAAGACUAACAAAGACCUGCAGGAACUCGUGACCAAAUGUAACGGCCAGUACCAAGUCUUUAAUAAUAAUGAGGUGAAGGACCGUUCUCAGGUCAGGGAGCUGCUCGACAAGAUCAGAAACAUAACAAAGAAGAACGGAGGAAGUCAUUACACCACUGAAAUGUUCCAGAGGGCGGAGCGGGCGAUAGAAGAGGAGAAACAACGAAUCCUUAAAGAGAAAGAACAGCAAAUAUGUAAAGAGAGGGAGGAACUCAAGAAGAAACUAGAGGAAGAGUUUGAGCAACAAAUGAUGGAAGUUAAAGCUGACCGGGAGAGAAUGAGAAUCGAUUAAGGGCAGCUCAGGAAAGAGUAAAGGAUGAGAAAAUAACACAACUGAGAAAUAUGCAGGACGUUUUGGCUAGAUCAGAAGCUGAGGGCAGUGGUCAAGUGAUCCAACUGCUAACUCAAGUAAUUUUACAGA